AUGUUCUCAUUCGCACCCCCACCCGAAAACUCAGCCACCAACCCACUCCCACCACUCCAAUCCCCACCCUCAAUCUACCAGCCCUACCAGCCUCAACAGACGCAGCAGCAGCAGCAGCAGCAUCAGCAGCACCAUCUGCCCCAACUCCAUCUCCAGCAACAACCCCCACAGCCACAGCCGCAACUGCCUCACCAUCAGCCCAACAGCACAUUCACCCCCACCUCCCAACCCUACUCACGCUCCAACUCCGCCUCAAACCAUCCCUAUCCCCCCAGCCACCAGCAGCAGCCAACAGCGAUCACCCCAGCCGCUGCGAUCAUUGCCCAGUACCACCAGAACCCGGAAACCAGGCUGCGCAAGCUCACCAACGGCACCCCGCCCAGCACCCUCAACUCGCGCGCCUUCAGCUCGGCCAUCCCCCUCAAGACCGGCAACUCGGUCGACGAGGCCCCCAUCAUCGAACUCCGCACCGGAUUCACCGCCGCCUCCCGCCGCGCCGCCGCCGUCCAGGAUGGCGACCGGGACUCCGUCAAGUCCGGUUCCUCCCACAGCCUCCACAAGCUAGACUACUACCACUCCCAAUCUCAGCCUAAUACCGCCUAUCGCCCCGAUAAGCAGUUCAACUCCUCGAUCAUCAACCCUGACGAUCCCAAUGGCGGCUUCGGAGGACUCUCACUCGGCAUGAAAGAGAUGGACCGUGGCUCGAUGGGCGAGGUCAAGCUCUACUCGGACACCCAGUCACGUCUCUCUCAAGGACUGGAUGCCUACAACAUCGAGGACUUCGAGAUGGACGAAGAGGACUCGCCCUACCCCGAAGUCCGCGCCUCGGUCUCGAACAUCGACGACCCGGAGAUGCCGUGUCUGACCUUCCGAGCCUGGGUGCUCGGCCUGUUCUUUGUCAUCGUCUGCGGCUCGCUGAACAUGUUUUUCCAGCUGCGAUACCCGGCCCCGUUCAUCACCCCGGUGAUCGUCCAGAUCAUCUCCUACCCGUCAGGCAAGCUCUGUGCGACCAUCCUACCCGACACGGUGUACCGACUCCCGGGAGGGGAAGGCCUCAAACGGAGCGGGAUCAAAGGCUUCCUCGAUCGGAUCUGGCCCCGCUGGCUCGGCGCCGGCGCCGAAUGGUCCCUCAACCCCGGCCCAUUCAACAUCAAGGAACACACCGUCAUCGCCAUCAUGGCCAACGCCGCCGUCGGCCCAGUCUAUGCCGUCAACAUGACCCUCGUCAUGGAGAAGUACUACAAACGGCCCCCCGGCGCCGGCUUCGACUUUUGCAUCGCACUCGCCACCCAGCUCCUCGGCUUCGCUCUCGCCGGUGUCACUAGGAGAUUUCUCAUUUGGCCCGCAUCCAUGAUCUGGCCCUCUAACCUCGUCGUCUGUACCCUCUUGAACACCUUCCAUGCCGAGGAUGACGACGGCUCAGAUGGAAGCUUGACCAGAUUCAGGUUCUUCAUGUAUGUUGCCGUCGGCGCAUUUGUCUGGUAUUGGAUUCCUGGAUACUUGUUCACGGCGCUUUCGACGUUCUCCUGGGUGUGUUGGUUAGCACCACGUAAUCGACUAUUGAAUCAAAUGUUUGGGACGGUCAACGGGCUCGGCUUGAGUCUCUUGACCUUCGAUUGGUCACAGAUCGCUUACAUCGGCUCGCCCUUGGUCGUUCCUUGGUGGGCCGAAGUCAACGUGAUCGUCGGCUUCAUCUUCUUCUUCUACAUCCUCGGGCCGGCUCUCUACUAUACCAAUGUUUGGUCGCAAGCCUAUCUUCCACUUGGAGGCACGGGUGUCUACGACCGGUACGGCCAACCAUACAACACCACUAAGGUCGUCGACCUCAAGACGGGCUCGUUGAAUCUGACGGCCUACCAGGAAUACUCGCCGCUCUUCCUGCCCACCACCUUCACGGCAGUCUACUCGAUCGCCUUCGCCCUCGCCACCUCGGCUAUCGUCCACACCGCACUCUAUCAUGGCCAUUCGAUCUGGGAUAAGAUCAAAAAUAUCAAGACUGAAGACGAAGACGUCCAUGCUAAGCUCAUGCGCAAUUAUCCCGAGGUUCCUGAUUGGUGGUACUGGAGUUACUUCAUUGUCUUUAUUGCCUUCAGUGUGAUCAUGAUCGAAGUUUACGAUACCGGGUUGCCUAUCUGGGGUCUCCUGUUGGCCUUGUUCAUCGCUCUCGCCUACAUCCUGCCCGGCGGAUUCAUCUUUGCGAUGACCAGUCAACAGAUCUCGAUCAACCUGGUAGCCGAGAUCAUUCCUGGCUACUUAUUGCCAGGCAAGCCGUUCAGCAACAUGUUAUUUAAAACUUUCAGUGUCCAAUCGCUCCUGGUCGGUCUGGCAUUCAUCCAAGACCUGAAGCUCGGCCAUUACAUGAAGAUCCCCCCGAGGGUCACCUUCGUCGUCCAGAUCGUCGCCGCCAUCAUGUCCGCCUUCGUCCAGAUCGGCGUCAAGAAGUUCCUUGUUGCCACCGUCCCUGAUCUCUGUGACAGGCACCAGGCUAAUCUCCUCACCUGUCCAAACACUUCCGUCUUUUAUUCCGCCUCUGUUUUAUGGGGAUUGUUGGGCCCUCAUCGGCAAUUUGGAGAGGGCACGAUCUACCGGCCUAUCGUCUAUUUCACGCUGAUCGGGGCGGUCCUCCCGAUCCCGUUCUAUCUGAUGACGAAGCGGUUCCCGAACAGCUGGCUGAAGUACGCCAACCUGCCGGUGUUAUUGCUAGGCGCCUGCUGGAUCCCGCCGGCGACGCCGAUCAACUACACCUCCUGGAUCCUCGUCGGCUUCAUCUUUCAGUACGUCCUCCGACGCAUGAAGUUCAGAUGGUGGUCCAAGUACAACUUCGUCCUCUCCGCCGGCCUCGACGUCGGCACCGUCAUCGGCGCUAUCGUCAUCUUCUUUACCCUCCAACUGCCUAAAGGCGGCCAGCUCGGGACGCUCAAUUGGUGGGGUAACACCGUCUAUCUCGAAACUGACGACUUCCAAGGCACGCCCUAUCUCGACACCCCGCCCGAAGGCUUCGGGCCCACCAAAUGGUAG